CUCACUGAAAAAAGAAAAUAUUAAGAAGGAAUUAGUUAACUGCAACACAAAAACAAUGAAGAUUUGCUCACUCUGCUUUAGCCUUACCUUGAUCCUCCUCUUUGCAGGGAUUCAUGCCGCAACCCUCACUGUCAAGAACAAUUGUCCGAACACAAUCUGGCCAGCAACCUUAACCAGUGGUGCAGCACAGUUAUCAAACACUGGCUUCGAGUUAGCCUCUCAAGCAUCCUCCUCGCUUGACGUCCCCGCUCCGUGGACGGGUUCCAAAGAUGAAGGCAUAUGUCAGUGACACUGAAGAUCUCAAGCUAGAUCCUUCAUAUCAAGAGACCUGGGAUGACAUGAUAAUCAAUUUUCUUUCUGAAUCUUUGGAUGUGAUUCAAGACGACAACUGGGUAAUCUCUCUGGGAAAUGCUUUCACCAGGCAGUAUGCACUUUAUACACCUAAUGAUGAACAUUCAGCACUUCUUCACCGUUGCUUGGGUAUGCUCCUGCAGAAGGUUAAUGAGAGGUCUUAUGUUCGUGGCAAGAUGGAUUGGAUGUACAUGCAAGCUAACAUCACUGUUCCAACCAACAGGCUUGGUUUGGCAAAGGCUAUGGGUUUGGUUGCUGCAGCCCAUUUGGAUACUGUGUUGGAAAAGCUCAAAGAAAUACUGGAUAAUGUUGGUCAAAGUAUAUUUCAUAGAUUUUUGGCCUUCUUCUCUGAUAGUUAUAGAACAGAAGACUCUGAUGAUAUACAUGCUGCUUUAGCUUUGAUGUAUGGUUAUGCUGCAAGAUAUGCUCCGACGACAGUUAUUGAGGCCAGAAUAGACGCACUUGUGGGCACUAACAUGCUCUCACGGCUUCUUCAUGUACGUCACCCUACAGCAAAGCAAGCUGUUAUCACUGCAAUUGACUUACUCGGUUUGUAUUAGUUAUAUUCUAGUAUUUUUUCAUUCAUUUCCCAAAUAUUUAUCUUUCUGCUUAACUUUUUCAAACUGUUAUCUGAUUUCUAGGAAAUUUUUAGUGUAUUACUUUUUUCGCAUACUUGACACUAUUAAUGAUGGUUGGCAUCUGUUUAUGAAUAUUUUUUUCCCUUUAGGACCUGUUUGGUUAGAGCCUUAUUUUACCACAAAAGUUUGUACUAGGAAAGUACCGUUUGAAAAGUUAGAAAGUACUAUAUGGAAAGUUACUAAGUUUUGUAAUGAAGUUUUGUUAGAAUU